AUGCAAUUCCGUUCGCUUUCAGGCCUUAUUCUGGCCAUCAACGUGCUAGGAAGCACCGCGGCUGUCUUGAAGCGUGAAGGGCCCGCCUGCGCUUCUCCCAGUCCAACCCCAAAUGUAUUAGUGGCCGACGAUGACAACAAAGUACAAAACUCAGGAUUCGAGGCUGGCCUCGAUAAGUGGACAGUUAAGAAAUCGUCGUCUGGCGGCUCGGUAGUCGUCGUUUCUGACAGCUUACAAGCAUCAGGCUGCAAAGCUGCGAAAAUAAGCUUCGCCGCAAACUCCAAAACAGACACCAAUCCGUUUGUGUCCAUCUCACAGCCGAUGUCUGCCGUUCCCGGCAACUCAAUCCUCAGCCUAGAACUCCUUAUUGGCCGUCCUAAAGACACGCCAGAGUCUGCUGUCAGCCCGAAAGUUGAAAUCUCAAUCGCGAACUGGAAGUUUCCAGCCUUUGUUGCGUGCGGCGAGAAGGGGAACUCGUGCUCCAACGUGCCUGCUGGUCACGCGGAGUACAACCGAUACAAGUUCACCAUCCCUCCUGGGGCCGCUAUCACUGGUACUCAGAAGGGCAUCGCUGAUCUUAAAAUUGUUUUUACUUAUCCCAGUGCUUUGACCAAGAACGCCCCGGUUCUCAUCGACAACGUUAGAUAUGGCGUUUUCCGGGACUUUACGACACUCAAUUUUUGA